CCCCCCCCCCCCCCCUCUCUCUCCCUCCCUCCGUUUUUCUGGAUGUGAAGCAGCAUGCGGCCCGGUGAGAGCUUAGAGGGCUCGCGCUCGGCUCGCGCAAGAUGUACAGCUGUUAAUAACAACACCGACACUGAUCACACCGACAGCGGCACGGGCCGCCUCGCGCACCCCGGCUCGUCACAGCGGAGGAUGAAGAGGGGGACGACGAAGAGGAGGACGAGAGGGAUCAGCGGGAGGAUGACGGCGAUGCGCUGUUUUCUGUGGAGUCUCGUUCUGAGCUCGCUCUCCUUGCGCGCGGAAGGUUUCAUCUACACAUGCGGUGGCACACUGAAAGGCCGAAAUGGAAGCAUAGAAUCGCCAGGCUUUCCCUAUGGCUACCCCAACGGGGCGAACUGCACCUGGGUCAUUGUGGGGGAGGAAGGAAGCAGAAUCCAGCUCAUGUUCUUGUCGUUUGCCAUAGAAGAAGAAUAUGACUUCCUGUCCUUGUAUGAUGGACAUCCGCAUCCGGCUAACUUCAGGACCAGGCUCACUGGCUUCCAGGUUCCUACACCGGUCACCAGCACGGGAAAUGUCUUCUCUUUGAGGUUGACCAGUGACUUUGCCGUCUCUGCGCAUGGCUUCAAGCUCAACUACGAAGAACUCCACAGCACAUCCUGUGGAAACCCCGGCGUCCCAGCUAAAGCAGUGCUCAGUGGUGGAGGGCGCUUCGCCGUGGGAGACCAUGUGCGCUACAGCUGUGUCCCUGGUUACGUCUUAGAUGGCCACGCAACACUUACCUGCAUUACCAAUGCCGGAAACACUGCCGUUUGGGACUUCCCUGCUCCGAUUUGUCGAGCUGAGGACACAUGUGGGGGCACUGUGAGGGGCGGCAGUGGGGUGGUGACCAGUCCCGGUUACCCCGGCAGCUAUGGUAACCAGGCCGACUGUACUUGGAUCCUUUUGGCCGAACCUGGAGACACCAUCUCUGUCAUCUUUACAGACUUCCAGACAGAGGAGAAGUAUGACUACCUGGAAGUGGAGGGGUCAGAACCACCGACCAUUUGGUUGUCGGGCAGUAAUGUGCCGUCUCCCAUCGUCAGCAACAAGAACUGGCUCCGACUGCAUUUUGUGAGUGAUGCCAACCACCGUUACCGCGGUUACAGCGCACAUUAUCAAGUGAAGCGAUCUGUAGAUUUUAAAUCGCGAGGCGUUAAAUUAUUCCCUGGCAAAGACUCCAGCAACAAGUUUUCAAUAUUAAAUGAAGGUGGAGUGAAACAGGCAUCAAACUCCUGCCCUGACCCAGGAGAGCCGGAGAAUGGAAAACGCCAUGGCAGCGAUUUCAGCAUUGAAAGUGUGGUACAGUUCAGUUGCGGAGAAGACUACGUCCUUCAGGGCAGUAAGACCAUCAGCUGCCAGAGAGUGGCAGAAGUCUUCGCAGCCUGGAGUGACCACAGACCUGUCUGUAAAGUGAAGACAUGUGGCAGUAAUCUUCAGGGGCCGUCGGGAACCUUUACAUCUCCCAACUUCCCAAUUCAGUACGAGAGCAACGCACAGUGCGUGUGGAUAAUUACUGCUUCGAAUCCCAACAAGGUAAUCCAGAUCAACUUUGAAGAGUUUGACAUGGAGAUAGCCUACGAUACUCUGACCAUAGGAGAUGGAGGGGAGGUGGGAGAUCCUACAGCUAUACUGCAGGUCCUAUCAGGUAGCUUUGUUCCCGACCUGAUAGUCAGUAUGACCCACCAGAUGUGGCUUCACCUACAGUCGGAUGAGAGCGUUGGAUCUAUAGGAUUCAAGAUCAACUAUAAGGAAAUAGACAAAGAGAGUUGCGGGGACCCUGGAACUCCUCUCUAUGGAGUAAGAGAAGGGGACAGUUUCUCAAAUGGAGGAAUCCUGAGGUUUGAGUGCCAGUUUGGCUUCGAACUGAUUGGCGAGAGAACUAUCUCUUGCCAAGACAACAAUCAGUGGUCAGCAAACAUCCCCAUAUGCGUGUUCCCCUGCAUGUCCAACUUCACAGCUCCCUCAGGAACUGUCCUCUCCCCAGAUUACCCAGAAGGCUAUGGGAACAACAUGAACUGCGUCUGGCUCAUCCAAUCAGAUCCGGGCUCCAGAAUUCACUUAGCAUUCAAUGACUUUGAUCUUGAGGCGCCCUACGAUUCCCUAACUGUGAAAGAUGGCGAGACAAAUGAUGCCGGCGUCAUCGGGAGGUUCUCUGGAGCUGAGAGUCCUUCCCAUCUGACUUCCAACACCAACACACUGAGGCUGGAGUUUCAGGCUGAUCACUCCAUGUCAGGAAGGGGAUUUAAUAUCACAUACAGUACAUUUGGCCACAAUGAGUGCCCGGACCCUGGUAUUCCCAUCAACGCUCGCCGUUUUGGAGACAGCUUCCAGCUUGGCAGCUCCAUCUCUGUGGUCUGUGAGGACGGCUUCAUCAAAACCCAAGGAACCGAGACCAUCUCCUGUCAGUUGGAAAAGGGAAAAGUCAUGUGGAGUGGGCCCAUCCCUAAAUGUGAAGCCCCGUGUGGAGGCCACUUUUCAGCCCCAAAUGGAGUGAUUUUGUCUCCUGGUUGGCCUGGUUACUACAAAGAUUCCCUCAGCUGUGAGUGGGUGAUUGAAUCAGAACCUGGACGCUCCAUCAAAAUCACAUUUGACAGGUUUCAGACGGAGCUGGGUUACGACUUUUUGGAGAUCCAUGAUGGGCCAAACCUCCUGUCUCCUUUGGUUGGCUCCUUUAAUGGCACCCUAGUGCCCCAGUUCCUGUUCAGCAGCACCAACUUUCUUUAUCUACUGUUCACCACCGAUAACAGCCGAUCAAAUGCUGGCUUCAAAAUACUCUAUGAAAGCGUUACGGUGGACAGCUACUCGUGCCUGGACCCUGGUAUCCCUGUCAAUGGGAUUCGGUACGGCCAGGACUUCUCCAUCGGGUCCACGGUAUCAUUCGGUUGUGAUUCUGGCUACAGACUCAGCCACGAGGAGCCCCUCGUUUGCGAGAAGAACCACUGGUGGAGCCACCCUUUACCGACGUGCGACGCUUUAUGUGGCGGGGAUGUGAGAAGUUCCUGAGAGACCAUCCUUAGUCUCUGCUGAUCCAGACACCUACCCUUCAUUUCUCACUGUACCUGGACGGUUGAAAUCACACAGGGUGCAGGUGUCCAGUUUCAGUUCAGCUCGUUUCAUCUGGAGGACCAACAUGACUACCUCCUGGUUACUGAGAACGGAAGUUUCCAGCAACCACUGGCUCGCCUGACAGGCAACGAGUUGCCUAGCAACAUCAAUGCUGGUCUCUAUGGCAACUUCAAAGCCCAGCUCCGUUUCAUCUCUGACUUUUCAAUUUCGUAUGAGGGCUUCAACAUAACUUUCUCUGAAUAUACUUUGGAGCCAUGUGAGGACCCUGGGAUGCCUCGGUUUGGCAAGAGAAAUGGCUACAAUUUUGGCAUCGGAGACACUUUGUCUUUUUCCUGCAACAUGGGAUACCGUCUGGAGGGGCUGCCCGAGGUAAUCUGUCUGGGAGGAGGGCGAAGAAUGUGGAGCUCACCUCUACCAAGAUGUGUCGCGGAGUGCGGUUCUUCAGUUAUGAACAACGAAGGGAUCCUUCUCUCUCCAAAUUAUCCGAUGAACUAUGACAACAACCACGAGUGCAUCUACAGCAUCCAGGUGCAAGCUGGAAAAGGCAUCAACAUCUCUGCUAGAACCUUUCAUCUUGCCCAAGGAGAUAUACUGAAGAUUUAUGAUGGUAAAGACAGCACGGCCCACGUUCUCGGGGCAUUCACCGGAUCGUCUAUGUUGGGCCUGACGCUGAUCUCCACCUCAAAUCAUCUGUGGCUGGAAUUCUACAGUGAUGCAGAAAGUACAGGGGAGGGAUUCAAGCUGGUCUACUCCAGUUUUGAGUUGUCUCAUUGUGAGGACCCAGGCGUGCCUCAGUUUGGCUUCAAGGUCAACGACCAAGGUCACUUCUCCGGGAGCAGCAUCACGUACAGAUGUGAGCCCGGAUACACUCUGCAUGGGGCUUCCACCUUGAAGUGCAUGACAGGCGAAAGGAGAGCCUGGGAUAACCCUCUGCCUUCUUGUAUCGCGGAGUGCGGUGGCCGUUUUAAAGGCGAAUCUUCAGGGAGGAUCCUUUCCCCCGGGUACCCUUUUCCUUACGACAACAAUCUGCGCUGCACCUGGACCAUCGAGGUGGAUUCAGGAAACAUUGUGAGUCUUCAGUUGUUGGCCUUCGACACUGAAGCCAGCCACGACAUGCUGAAGAUUUGGGACGGACCUCCUGAGAAUGAAAUGUCUCUGUCGGAGCUCAGCGGGUCUCUGCUGCCCGAGAGAAUCCACUCCACACUAAACACGGUCACUGUUCAGUUUGAGACCGAUUUUUACAUCAGCAAGUCGGGAUUCGCUAUUCAGUUCUCAAGCUCGGUAGCUACGGCCUGCAGAGACCCCGGCGUGCCAAUGAACGGCAGUCGUAGUGGAGACGGACGUGAGCCGGGGGAUUCCGUGUCCUUUCAGUGCGACCCAGGAUACGAGCUCCAGGGGGACGACAAAAUCACCUGUAUACAAGUGGAUAACAGAUACUACUGGCAGCCCAGCCCGCCUGUCUGCAUAGCGCCUUGUGGAGGAAACUUGACUGAAUCCAGUGGGUUUAUUCUGUCUCCCAACUACCCACAUCCCUACCCGCACUCCAAGGACUGUGAUUGGCUCAUAGCUGUCAAUUCUGACUACGUCCUGUCACUCGCUUUCAUUGGUUUCAACAUUGAGCCAAACUAUGACUUCCUGUAUAUCUAUGACGGUCCGGAUAGCAAUAGUCCCCUGAUUGGCAGCUUCCAGGACAGCAAACUCCCGGAGCGGAUAGAGAGCAGUUCAAACACCAUGCAUUUAGCAUUCCGCAGUGAUGGGUCUGUUUCUUACACUGGCUUUCACCUGGAAUAUAAAGCCAAGCUGAGGGAGUCAUGUUUUGACCCAGGUGUUGUUUUGAACGGGACCAGGCUGGGAUCCGAUUAUAAGCUCGGCUCCACUGUCACCUUCUAUUGUGAGGCUGGAUACGUUUUGCAGGGCUAUUCUACCUUGACCUGCAGCAUGGGAGAUGACGGCAGGCCUGGAUGGAACAGGGCGUUGCCCAGCUGUCAAGCUCCCUGCGGAAGCCGUUCCACAGGAACUGAAGGGACUGUUCUGUCCCCAAACUUUCCCAGAAACUAUACGUCAGGACAGAACUGCGUCUACUCUAUAUCUGUACCAAGGGAGUUUGUCCUCUUUGGUCAGUUUGUGAUGUUCCAGACAUCUCUAAAUGAUGUGGUGGAAAUCUACGAUGGACCAACUCAACAAAACACGCUACUGUCUUCUCUCUCAGGGUCCCACUCUGGUGAGUCUCUACCUCUGAGUACGGUAAACCAGAUCACAAUAAAGUUCACCACGGUCGGACCAGAAACUGCUAAAGGAUUUCACUUCGUCUAUCAAGCCGUGCCGAGGACCAGCUCCACCCAGUGCAGCUCAGUCCCCGAGCCUCGCUUUGGGAAGCGCCUCGGGAAUGAUUUUGCGGUUGGCUCGCUGGUGCAGUUUGAGUGCAACCCUGGCUACGUUCUGCAUGGCUCUAAUGCCAUACGCUGUGAGAGUAUACCUGACAACCUGGCCCAAUGGAAUGACACCCUGCCGACAUGCAUGGUCCCCUGCGGGGGUGUGUUGUCCUCUCGACGUGGGACCAUCCUAUCGCCUGGAUAUCCGGAGCCCUACGACAACAACCAGAACUGUGUGUGGAAGGUCUCCGUUCCAGAGGGGGCUGGAAUACAGAUACAAGUUGUGAGUUUUGCCACUGAGCAUAACUGGGACUCUUUGGAUUUUUACGACGGUGCUGACAACCACGCACCAAGACUGGGCAGCUAUUCUGGCACGACCAUCCCCCCUCUCCUGAAUAGCACUUCUAACAACCUCUAUCUCAGCUUCAGCUCUGAUAUUAGUGUCUCAGCUGCUGGUUUUCACCUGGAAUAUACAGCCAUUGGUCUGGAGUCAUGUCCCGAGCCGCAGACACCCAACUAUGGAAUAAGACAAGGAGACAGAUUCAUGGUGGGAGACGUAGUACAGUUUUCAUGUGAACAAGGAUACUCUCUUCAGGGAAAUGCUCAUAUCACCUGCAUGCCUGGACCGGUUAGAAGAUGGAACUACCCUGUGCCACUGUGUCUUGCCCAGUGUGGGGGGUCUAUGACAGAUGUGAGUGGAGUGAUUCUAAGUCCUGGUUUCCCUGGCAACUACCCCAGUGGAUUGGACUGCACAUGGACGGUCAAUUUACCAGUUGGCUUUGGUAUCCACCUCCAGUUCCUGAACUUCUCCACUGAGGCAAUUCACGAUUACUUAGAGAUCCGCAGUGGAACGCUGGAGAUGGGCUCGGUCAUUGACCGGUUCAGCGGUCCGGUCAUCCCGAAGCCUCUUUUCAGCACCACCCACCAGACCAGCUUCUUCUUCCACAGUGACUACUCACAAAACAAGCCGGGGUUCCACACCACUUAUCAAGCCUACCAGCUCCAGAGCUGCCCAGACCCUCGGCCCUUUCGAAACGGCAUUGUGAUUGGCACGGAUUUCAGUGUAGGGAUGACGGUGUCGUUUGAAUGUCUGCCCGGAUAUUCUCUGAUCGGAGAGGCUUCCCUCACAUGUUUACAUGGAAUCAGCAGAAACUGGAAUCACCCACUACCGCGAUGUGAAGCUCUUUGUGGUGGCAACAUCACAUCGUUAAAUGGAACCAUUUACUCUCCUGGUCACCCGGAGGAAUACCCCAACUUCCAGGACUGUGUGUGGAGUGUCAGAGUUCCUCCUGGUCACGGCAUUUACAUCAAUUUCACUGUACUGAGCACUGAGCCCGUAUAUGACUACAUUACUGUCUGGGAUGGACCUGACCAAUCAUCCCCUCAGAUUGGCCAGUUCAGUGGGAACACGGCUUUGGAGUCUGUUUACUCGACUUCCAACAUCAUCCUCAUCAAGUUCCACUCCGACUUCUCCGGCGCCGGCUUCUUCGUCUUAAGCUAUCACGCAUACCAAUUAAGGAUUUGCCAGCCUCCUCCAGAAGUGGCCAAUGCUGACAUGCUGGUGGAGGACGGCGAAUUGGAGAUAGGUGACAUCAUAAGGUACAGAUGCCAUCCUGGGUUCUCAUUGGUUGGCAGUGAAAUUCUAACAUGUCGCCUCGGAGAAAGACUACAGAUGGAUGCAUCACCUCCAACAUGCCAAGUCCAAUGCCCUGCACAGGAUGUGCGGUACGACUCAUCAGGUGUCAUCCUGAGUCCCGGUUGGCCUGAAAGCUACCCCAACCUGCAAAUGUGUUCCUGGAGCGUCACCGUAGAAAAGGGAUACAACGUCACCAUAACCUUUGAAAGUUUCCACACUGAGAGAGAGUUUGACGUGUUGGAGAUUUUUGAUGGUCCAACAGCCAACAGUCCCACUCUGGCAACUCUGAGCGGAGACCUGCCAGCACCGUUUAACCUCACAACCUCUGGCCACCAGUUCCUGGUCCGCUGGUCUUCGGACCACGGCACCAACAAGAAAGGCUUCAAAAUCCGCUAUGUUGCUCUGUACUGCUCAACCCCAGACUCUCCGCUCCAUGGCUCCAUCUCCUCUCAGAGCGGCGGCCACGUUAACAGCGUGGUGCGCUGGGCUUGCGACCGUGGCUACCGUCUCAUAGGCAACGCCACAGCGACCUGCCGCCGCACGGCCCUCGGCUACCACGCAUGGGACUCUCCGGUCCCUGCGUGUCAAGCUGUCUCGUGCGGGGCCCCCAAGGCUCCUACAAAUGGAGGCGUUUUAACAGCCGACUACUCCGUCGGAACAAGAGUUUCCUAUUUUUGUAACGACGGGUACCGACUCUCAAGCAAAGAAUUGACGUCAGCCAUCUGUCAGCCGGAUGGCACUUGGAGCAACCACAAUAAGAUACCACGAUGUUCUGUGGUGGUGUGUUCCAGCAUCGGGUCAUUUUCUUUAGAACACGGCCGCUGGAGGAUCGUCAACGGCUCCCAUUACGAAUACCGAACUCGCAUCGUGUUCACCUGCGACCCGGGAUACUACAGAUUGGGCCCUGCGCACAUCCAGUGCUUACCAGCCGGCGUGUGGAGCUGGAAGAACGAGAGGCCGCACUGCCAGGUUAUAUCGUGCGGUGAGCUGCCGUCUCCACCCAGUGGGAAGAAGAUUGGUACUCAGACAACAUUUGGCGCUACAGCCAUCUUUACCUGCGAUGCUGGCUUCAUGCUGGUGGGGUCAGCCGUCAGAGAGUGCCUGUCGUCUGGGCUUUGGAGUGGAAUGGAAACAAGAUGUUUAGCCGGUCACUGUGGAAUCCCAGAGGGCAUUGUGAACGGCCAGGUGAUCGGAGAGAACUUUGGUUACCGGGAUACGGUCGUGUAUCAGUGUCUGCCCGGCUUUCGACUGAUAGGCUCAUCAGUUCGCAUCUGUCUCCAAGACAACCAGUGGUCUGGACAGCUGCCCGUCUGCAUACCGAUCAGCUGCGGCCAUCCGGGAAGUCCCAUCUACGGACGCACGCUGGGGAACGGCUUCAACCUCAACAACGUGGUCAGCUUCGUUUGCAACAGGGGUUAUGAAAUGGAGGGGCCUGCACGGGCGCAGUGCCAGGCCAACCGCCAGUGGAGCCACCCGCCCCCAACAUGUAAAGUGGUCAACUGCUCUGAUCCAGGUAUCCCAGCCAACUCCAUCCGCCAGAGUAAAAUAGAGCACGGCAACUUUACCUUUGGCACUGUGGUUUUCUACGACUGCAACCCGGGGUAUUACCUGUUUGGAUCACCUGUUCUCACCUGUCAACCUACUGGACAGUGGGACAAACCACUGCCUGAAUGUAUAGUUGUAGAUUGCGGUCACCCCGGCUCUCCCCCUAACGGUGUGCUGAGUGGAGAUAAGUUUACAUUCGGCUCAACGGCUCGAUACUCCUGUCUGGGUGGAAGACAGCUGAAAGGAGAAUCGUCCAGGACUUGUCAGCUCAACGGGAUGUGGAGCGCCCCCAUGCCCUUCUGCUCUGGCGACACAGCCGGUUCCUGCGGCGAUCCUGGCGUUCCCUCCCAUGGUUCGAGGGAACAGACUGAUUUCAGGAUCCGUUCCAGCGUUCACUUCAGCUGCUCGGAGGGCUACGAUCUGAUUGGUUCUUCAGAGAGGAUGUGCUUUCCUAAUGGGACGUGGUCUGGCACGCAGCCCUUCUGCAAACCUGUCCAGUGCGGUAACCCUGGCACUCCCAGUAAUGGAAGAGUGUUUCGUUUGGAUGGAACAACAUUUUCUCACUCCGUCAUCUACUCCUGCAUGGACGGCUACCUGCUCAGCGGCGCCACCACCAGGCUGUGUCAUGCCAACGGGACGUGGUCAGCAGCACAGCCGAACUGCACCAUGAUAAACUGCGGGGAUCCAGGUGUGCCAGCUAACGGGCUUCGCUACGGAGAAGACUUCACGAUUGGUCAGAAUGUUUCCUUCCAGUGCCAACCAGGAUACAGAAUGGAGGAGGACGGGUCACCUGUGAGGACGUGCACCCACAACGGGACCUGGAGUGGGAACAUGCCAAUGUGUACAGCUGUCACCUGCCAGCCUCCCCCUGUUAUCAGUAACGGGGCACUGCAGGGCAGCGACUUCGAAUGGGGCAGCAGCGUAAGCUACAGUUGCUCACCUGGUUAUGAACUGUCAUUCCCGGCUGUGCUGACCUGUGUGGCCAAUGGAACCUGGAGCGGCAUGCUACCGCAGUGCUUACCCAAGUUUUGUGGUGACCCAGGUAAUCCAGCCGGUGGUUUCAGAGAGGGACGAAGCUUCAUCUACCAAUCAGAAGUCUCCUUCAGUUGCGCUCCUCCACUCGUUCUGGUCGGCACAGCAACCAGGCUCUGUGAGAAUGACGGUACCUGGAGCGGCACGCACCCUCGUUGCAUCGAGCCGACCAAGACCAGCUGUGAUAACCCAGGAACGCCGCGCUACGGCUCCUUGAACCGCACAUACGGCUUCAAGGUGGGGAACGUGGUGUCAUUUCAGUGCCAGCCGGGUCACUUGAUUCAGGGCUCAUCCUCCAGAACCUGCCAGCCUGAUCUGACGUGGACCGGAGCACAACCCGAGUGCAUCCCCCACGCCUGUAAGCAGCCAGAGAGCCCGCUCCACGUGGACGUCCUGGGGAUGGAUCUGCCGGGUUUUGGCUACACCUUGGUGUACAGCUGUCAGCAAGGCUUCUUCCUGGCGGGCGGCUCUGAACACAGAGUCUGCAAGAACGACGGCACCUGGACAGGAAAGAUGCCUAUAUGUCGAGCUGGCGAGAAGAAAAAAACGACGAAACCAGCAACAGGAACUCCCAGCCCCAAACUAAACGUUCCAGAUGAUGUCUUUGCGCCUAACUACAUAUGGAAAGGUUCCUAUAAUUACCGUGGGAGGAAGCAGCCUAUGACAUUGGGCAUCACCAGCUUCAACUCCACAACGGGGAGAGUCAACGUCUCCCUUAGCAACGGCAACAUGGAGCUGCUGCUAUCAGGUGUGUAUAAGGCUUCCGAGGCCAGGCUGUCACUGCUGAUGUACCAGGUGAACUAUGCGAACCAGGGAAACCAGCUGAAGGAUUCAGCCAUCUCUCCAGCCAAAAUCAUAGAGGACUCCUGGACCAUGGAUGGAUUUGUGUCAGCAGAGCCUGAUGGUUCAAGUUACGUGUUCCAGGGUUUCAUUCAGGGAAAAGACUACGGGCAGUUUGGACUUCAAAGACUUGGUCUGAAUAUGUCGGAGAGUCAGAACUCGCCCCCCCCUCAGCUUGGUACCAACAGCAGUUCUGUGGCCAUCGCUAUUCUGGUGCCUUUCUUUGCUCUCAUAUUCACUGGCUUUGGCUUCUAUCUCUACAAACAAAGAACCACACCAAAAACACAAUACACGGGCUGCUCGGUCCACGAAAACAACAACGGGCAGGCUGCCUUUGAGAACCCCAUGUACAACACCAACGCCAAGGCCGUGGAGGGGAAGGCUGUUCGAUUCGAUCCGAAUCUGAAUACCGUCUGCACCAUGGUCUGAGGGUCGAUUAUCUUCUUCCGAACUUAAUGACCUGGACAUCUAAUGGGACCACAAUUGAUGUGAGACUGUGCAGGGGGGAGAGCCGUGUGCUUCCGCGCAGACCGGAACAGCGUCAGCAACACGGCGUCUACAUUGAGUCCAAAAUACCUUCAGUCCCAGUUCAGAAACCGAAGCUCCCCGAGCAGAGGAUGCGCUCUCCACUUUAAACCAAAAGGCAGCGUUUGCUCCUUUCUUUUACAGGGUUUGGUAUCCACGGAUGAGAUCGAAAACACACGUGACCACCAAAUGAAAGGCCUGCUGCCUUCGAUGGAUGCAGCGCGGCCAGUGUGAGAUGCGCCAUCAAGUGACCUAAAUGGAUGCAACCCAACGGAAAAACGAAACCUUCUUACUGCGUCUAUAUAGCCCCAAGACUCGGCUCUUCAUGGAUAGUUUAUCAUUCGAUUCUGCAUCCGACAAAGCCAUUUCAAUUCAACCUCUUAUUUAACCCCCUUCAGUCUCUGGAAAACCAGAAGUAAUGAUGAAGCCAUGACCUGCUCGUCGGUUAUCGUGAUAUGUCACCGUGUUUCCUUUUUAGACACAGCUCCGGAGAGAAGGACCCGCUCUCAGCUCCGCGACGGAGAGAGAGAGCUCGUCAUCAGCACUGGCCGUUGUCGUACGUCAUGGGGAUAAACUGGGUUGAUUUAAUUUGUACCAACUUUUCUCUUCAUCUGUACCGAAAAACUCACAGGAACAAAGAAGUAAAAUAGCUACAGUUUGGGGGGAAAUUGACACACAAAAAAAACCCAGUUUCUAAACAUGUGGGUUCAAAAUUGACGGUGGAAGACGCCGUCGCCAGCCGAGCAUCAGUUAACCGCACCGACUGGGUGUGAACAGGAGCCUCUGAAUCCCGACACCCGAGCAAACAAACAAGGACAACCUCCUGUCUCCGGGGCAACCAGAGGCUCGUUUUACCGGCCUCUCGUAUUUUUCCUUGAAAGCGGACUCCACGACGGCUAAUGCUAGCAGACAGUAGCAAGACUCGCUUUGGAAAAGAGACCAGCUCCUAAGCAGAGGAUAAAGGGCAGCGCGGGCGACGGAGCUGUAAUCCUAACUGAACUGGGAUUAGAGCAAAGCAAAACUAAAUGGAAUGGAAGGGCGAGAUAGCACUAAUGGAACGGAUGAGAAGAGACUGCCUCAUGUAAUGGCUGAACUGCUCCUUCAUAUCCAAUGGAUAAGAGAAGGGGACACAGGAGACAGAGACGACCCCUGACUGAACUGGAGGAAGAGUAAAGGAGUCGUCGAGAGAGAAGACGAGAUCUUAGAAUGCCAACGCAGCCAAUCGGAGCCCGUCUGGUCUGGAAUCAACCGAGAGAGGUCAACCUUCCCUCUGCAUAAUGAAUCAGAUAAAACGGAAUACGGCCUCGAGGAAAGAUGAACCCGAUCCCGUGAAUUCAAAUGGAUUCUGAUGAGAAAGCCGCUGAACGGAAACAGAGGACUCCGAUGGACUAACAAAGAAAAAAAGCUCUCGCACUAAAGCACAUUUUACAGGAACACUACCUGUCUACCCACUGAGAGACAGACUAACGGGGGGGACGGAUAGAAAGGUUAGAGGGAAACUGGCAGAGCGGAUGACAGGUACACACACUAACAAAAGUCUGUAAAGACAGAAAGACCCACAGACACAGAAGGAGGUUGACACGUUUCAAGACAAGCGGGGCCUUGAGGCUGUUGCAUUGUCCGUCGCUCCGGAUUAACAGGUUGUUAGACGGUCGGGCCGAGCGUCGGGAGGAACGGACAGACGGACGGACACUGACAGGCUCAAAGAAAAGGCAAACAGGGUUUUAGCCCUGCAGCUGUGGACGCAGCUCCACUGUUAAUCCUGCACUCUGCGAGUGCUUCUCUCCUUUCUUUGUUAUUGCUGCAGAAUCUUCUGAUCUGUAAAUCUACUGCAUAUAUAUUCGGGAGCAUUCACCACCUAUAUUUUUGUGCUAUAUAUUUACCACAGGGGGAGGCGGCUGGAGGAGAAAGAUUAUAGCAGAGAGUUUGUUUGUUUUUUAGCAAAAACUAAAAAAAAAGAAAUAUCACAAUAAAAGAUUAUCCAACCAUGUGCUGUCAAACACAUUCUCCUUUCUGACAUGGAAUUGGUUUAUUUUAAUACCUUCUGUAACGUGGAGUUCCUCUCACUAUCACUGUAUUUCCCUUUGAGUGUCGGUGGUAUUAUUGUUGUCAUUAUUGUUGAGAUGCAACGUUUGCCGGCGACAAUUGUGCCCUUUAGAGUUGACGUGUCAUCAGAUGCAGUGCAGCGGCCGUUGGUUUUGCCCCCCGUCACUAGAACUGUUGUCUUCUGUACAUUUCCUCCACAGUUGUCCCCCAUUGUGACACAGACACCAUUUGUUGAUCUGCUGGAAUAACAGUUUUCCAGCUGUCGAUAUGAUUCCACAGAUUUGGGGCAUCGAAGCAAAUUCGGUGUUGUCAGGGCAACAAAUGAAGCUCUUGAGGCCCCAAUGCAAUUCAACUUAUUGAUUACACGUGUCCGAUCUGCUUCAUGACCAGAGUCAACUGGACUUCUCAGAAGGCCACGUCAACCCAUAAUAUAAAAAAAAAAAUAUUAUUUAUAAAAGCGGUGAUGGCUGGUUAACUGCCCAACAUGUAGUUUGUGGACGAUGUAUGUACAAUAUGUUUCGACUCAUGUAGAAAAUGUGUGUAUCAGUUUCAUGUUUGUAUUUUUUUAUCCCACAUUUUGGGGUGUUUCCAAUGCGUUAGUUGGUGAACUAAAAUGACUAUUUAGUUUCUUUUGCAAAAUAUGUUUACAAAACCUCUGGAAAUCACCUGAGUCUUGGUUGAAGAGUUUGCGUGUUAAAGAUAUCACAAAGAUGAAUACUGAGAUGUCUGAGGUCCAAAUUAAUUUUGUUUUAGCGGUUCGCUGAUGAGACUUAAUGUGCCCUUGUUACAAAAUCCACACUCAUUAUUAGUUGGCGCAUGUUAUUUUCAAGCCUUUGACUUUAGUUGUUUGAAAAAAGUUUAUAAUACACUUCGCCAUGUCUGAGAAUUGCGCAGUAGAUUUUUCACAGUGUUUUGCUUGUGUACAAAAGCUAGAAGGCCUUCAAUGCCAUUUAUUUCAGAAACACUGAAGCAGCGGACCGUCCGUUCGACAGUUGAGUAAAUCCACACACAUAACCGCGGCUGUUGACAUUCAAUACUUCCCCUUGCUUGGGCUUAUUUUUAUUUCAUGAAAAUAGAGCCUUAUAAUCUUCGCUCAGUGUUGCUUGGCUAGUAGUUAUUCUGUUUACGCAUCUGAAUCACCGCUUCACUGUAUGUAGCGGCUGUGAGCCGCUGGAGGCCGCUAUUGCACAUGUUGCCGUUGGUGCACCACUGCCGAGCGAAAAGCGGACGCUUGAUUUUGGGUGAAAUCGUGCAUGAGACCCACAUGGUGAUGUCAGAGCUUGGCCUGAACGUGUACCAUGAGUUUCAAUGUUACCGCUUUGAAGCCCAUUUCAGGAGACAGAGAAGACUUGCUGUAAACAGCCUGGUUUAAAAUGAAUUAGUUGAGUUUGGGCCCCACAUGUAAACAAAGCCAGUUAUUUUUAAUGAGUUUGGGUGUCAGAACUUCUACUUUUCUUUUAGAACCCCUGCUGUCGUGAACACAGGCUGACAGAAAACUCUGUUUUUGGAUCAAUCCUGAUUUAAAAGCAGUGGUAGCUGAGGCGUCCUUGUUCAUCACGACUGCAACUGUCCUGUAACUCAUCGCUAUGGUGACACUGUUUUUACAGUUUAGGUUAAUUGUUGCUGCUGUUAUUGUCAUUGUUGCUGUUUUUUUUUUUUCUUUUUCGGUAUGGAUCUGACACAGUGCCUACCAAAAACCAUUGGACCCUCCCCAUCACCUACACACACACACACACACACACACACACACACAUGCACGGUCUUUCAAACACAUACACGCUCAUACGCACACACCUGCUCAAGCGCUCUCCUUCAUCAGAAGAAGUCAUUUUUUUCUAAGCUUCAGUCUAUUUUGCCACAAGCUUUUCCUACUGACUGACCGCAAUAAGACCCAUGUGAUUUAAAAGACUCAAAGCUGUUCCUGCCCGGGGACAUUGGAAAUAUUCACCAUUUGAAGAAAAAAAAAAAAAGACGAAA